GCGAGAAGAGCGCUGUGUCGGUGGUUUUUCUCCUCAGUCGGCAGGUCGUGACAGCAGGUAUACGGUCGUGAAUAAGGCAGGUCGUGAGACUGCCUUUUAUCGUCAUGAUCCGGCUACUACUUCUCCUGGCAUCGCUAGUCACCCUUGUCUACAUGUCCUCGAUAAGGGAUUCCAACAGAUUUCUUGACAUCAUUCUCGAAGACAAGAUCCCACCACAGAUAAGGAGCCUCAAGCAUGUUUACCCGUUCGUAAAGGUCCCCGAGUUCAAAUUCAAGAUAAAGAGCACCGGAAUCACGAACAGGGAACUCAAGGUGAAAGUGAAGAACGGAGUGCUUCGCGGACUGGACACUGGUGUUCGUCGAGUUGGAGAGUGUCAACCGCCCGUUCUCAUCAGCGGCAAUGUCACCAUUUCCUGCAUACUUGAAUUAAAGGGAAUCAACGCCUCGUUCAUGGUUGAGGUGAAGGGCGACACACUUGUGCGAAAGGAGAAAACCGUUCCUGUCAACGUCACCGUUGUGGACACCGUGGGGCACUUUGCGGCUACAGCCUAUCCAGGCCGUCCGGGGGCGCUGCGCACUUUUCACAUCGAAAAACUGCUCUUCCACACAGUUUCCGACCGGCGCCUCAGUCUGAACUCUGAGCGGCAGCGCAGCUUCAACAGCGAGAUGGAACGAAACCUGCACUCUAUCAUAUACGACCUCUUCUAUACCGACUACAAGCGCGCCCUGGAAAAAGUUAUCGAGUCCAUGCCUUUUCCAAGCGCCUGAGCAGAGAUUAUCAGUUGUUUGAUAUGCCGAAGCUGGUACUACUUAUUGGGCGUCAGUUGUUGUUGUGGCCUGGAAAUCUGGCUCACAGUGUGGGUGACGUGUAUAUCGCCCUUCCCCGUAACAUUAGUCUCUUUUCAGUUAUCGAAACCCAACGGCGCUAUUAGGGCAUUCCUGUUGUUUCGAGCUGGUCCUUUUCUGAACAAGGUUCAUGACGCAUGAAUAUCACUAUAGUGACAUCAGCGCUUAACGUCUCGGCAGAACUUGCUGCUACGUUUUCCCAAAGAACUGCGUCAGGCCUGCAUUAGAUAACUGUGGUAGUUAUCAUACGAGGCACCAUAAAAACCAAUGUUUGCUUGUUUCUCUUUCUCCUACACUAUACAAUAUACAAAAGUAAUUAGGCUACGAAAUGUGCAGGAAACAACAUUAUUAUAAACCAAACAGAAUUACUGCAAGUAUAUAUGUCUGCCUUCUAUUUUCGUUAGAAGUUGUGCUGAUCAAUGACACUUAAAAAUAAGUAGGUCCUCAGCGAAUAUUUGCAGUAAAAUUGUCGGGCGUCACCAUGGCGAUAACGUAUGAUGGCUCGAUGAAGCGCGGCGUCUUCAUUGUCACGUUGCUUUGUUUGCCGGUGCAGCCGUCGCCUACAGUAAUGGCAUCGACUCUGGACAUUAUAACGCGCUGGAAGGAGGCGGUAUUGUUGAGCAUUAAAGGUUGUGGCCCGCAGUAGCUUGCCACGGUUCUAUAUAGUCAGGGAGAUUGUAGGUCGUGAACAAGGUGAAGACUGAUACCGAGUAUAUUGUGCUGGUGCUAUAAAGCGAUGUUUGCUUAUCUGCUGCUUGCGAUCCAAGGAUUGCCCUGCGGUUCAUGGCACCAUGCUACGAGCUUUUGAACAUUUUGUAUUCUGUUUUGAUGCGAAAGCGUAAAAUGGCUCAUUGAGCGAUAAAGCCGGCGUCCCGCGUCUAUAGCAAUAUCUAAAUUCUCAUUAGCCGCGACGCCACGUCAUGAACGCGCCUCGAUGGAGUACCAUUGGCCGCGACGCAACGGCACGAGCGGGCAUCGACGGAGCAAAGCGGGCGAAAAGGAGCACCUGCCGCGCACCAGGUGUUGCGUGAGGGGAGAGGGCAUCGUCGCGACGCCAAACAAAGGCAUUGCACCAAAUCACCCUCACUCUCGCAAGCCUGUGUUAUCCGUGCUGCUCCUUGUCCGCGCAAACUUUCGCCUGCGUUCUAACUGCGCCUCGGUAAGGUCAAAUCAAGAUGUGCCAAGUGUCUCGACGUGCUCACUUGACCGCGAGUUCAUAACUCGCAAUACCUCCGAGCGGCGUUCAAUAGACAUUAAUGCUUUAGUAUUCACGAGUCACAAGAAGUGCUUAAGUGUCCUGAGAUUUAUUUUUCUCGUGCAGAUAUGACUGCUACCCGUGGCUUUUGGAGAAUUUAAUAUUGUGGAGUGUACAUACCCUCUCUCGCCAAAGAUUAUAUGAUUCUUUGUCAUGUUUUUGAAAGAGACGGACUUGGUCAAGUGGCUGUGACAGUGAUGUCACGUACCACGCAAGUGGGACGGACUGUAACUGACGAUUUGUGUGCUGUGCUAUGUGCUCCCUCUCUCUCUCUCUUCUCCCCAUCUUUCAUCCCCCCCACCCCGCUCCCAUGUGUAGGGUAGCAAACGAGUUGAGCUAGACUGGUUAACCUCCCUGACUUUUCUUCUCCACUUUUUCGUUCCUUCCUUCCUUCCUUGUCAUGUAGUCGUUGCCUCAGCAACGCGCGCAAGGAAAUAGUUCGAAGUUGGUUUAAUAAUUAGCAAGCCAGCGAGAAAGUGAGAGACGCAGAGACGUAUCAGCUUGAUCAACAUGACAACAAACAAUAAAUUGAGCCCAUAUGGUCGUU